AUUGGUUGACAUAGCCACUUACCUUAUUGAAUAAUCAUUCUAUUUCAAAACUUACACAAAAUACACACAAAGAAAAGUUGAAUGAAAAAAAGUCUGCAACAAUUAUUAUUUAAAGUUCAUUUGAACAAAUUUUCAAAAUGAUUGUUUUCUUUUCCUGUUUAUUUAAUUAACUUUUUCAUCCAUUUUAUAAUUUUUCAUAAUUUAAAUUUAAAUUUGAAGUGAAAUGAAUUACAGAGUAUGGAAACCAGUAUGACCUUGAACACAUUGGACAUGAUAGAUUUAAACAAACAGUGCAACUAACUGUCUUAUCACAUUUAUUAUAAUUCUCUUACAAAAUAGAUUAAAUCAACUCCUAAAUCAAUUAUGUCAUUAAGGCAUUUAUCCCCACGUAAUAACGCCUAUCAACCAAGUAGUAUAUCCUCUGAAAGGGAUUAUAAUUACCAUAUAAAACAUUCAAAUAAUAAUUAUAUUAAUACAUUUGAUAAAUCAUAUCAUAAAUCUUCAUCAACAAAAUAUAAUUCAUAUUUAUCAUAUAAUAAAUUACUAUUGGAUAAUUCAAAAUUUAUUGAUUCAAAAAAUCAAUUGCUUACGAAGCAUCGAUCAGCAUUGAUUGAUAAUAAUAAUAAUAACUAUUCAACAUGUUCAAUCCCUUCUAAAUUACGUUCAAUUUACAAUUAUGGUAAUAAUACAUUUAUCAGUAGUGUGAUCAAUAAGAAGAGCAAUAUUAAUACUAAUAACAGCAAAACUAGUAAUAAUAGUAUUAAUAAUAUUAGUAAAGACCAACAUGGCUUGUUGAAUACAAAAUCACGCAGUCAUUGUCAUUCACCUAUAGUGCAUGUACGAAAUACUAUUCGUAAUGAUGGUUUCAGCUUUUUAAAACAUUUACACAAAUCUAAAAGACAUACAAAUAUACGUGGUUACAAUAAUGUCGGUAACAAUAAUAAUAAUAAUAGUAAUAAUGAUACUACUUUAAUCAAUAGUUCGUAUGAUGAUGUAUUAAGUUUGAGUAGAUUUGAUGGAAAUAAUAUUUCUAUGAAAUCGGACACAUUAUCACUCAAUAAAUAUAGUUUAUCAACGUAUAGACCAGAGGAUUCCUUUGUAAAAUAUUACUGGCACGAGAAUCGGUCUUUGUUGAAUCAUCAGAAAUCACAAUCACAACAACAAUUAUUACUGUUGGAUAAAUCGAAUUCAUUGAAAUCAAGUGAUAAUCAUAACAAGUAUACUACGAAUAUUAGUAGUAGUAAUAGUAGUAAUAAUAAUAAUAAUACUCAAUUGUCAGAUAAAUUACCACGAUAUAACAAUCAACAACAUCAACUGCAACGGUAUCAAAGUGAUUCAAGCAGUGAAAAUCCUACAGAGGUGAUAAAUAUAGCCCCGACAAUAUCUGGUAUCAGUUCAACUGAAAACGGUACUUCUACUAUCACAUCGACAACAACAACUGCUACCACUUCAAUUCAGGUCAGCAGCAAUCGUAAUAGUUAUGCUCCAAGAGUUGUUCCACCAUUGAUUGGUAUCAAUGAAAUACAUACCACGAAUGAGAAUGAUUCAAAUAGUACAAGUGAACUUUUAGAUGAUAAGAAUACACGUUAUCUAAGUCAUAGUUAUCGUAAUCAAUGUUCAAAGAAUACUCUACUUAACCAUCAUGAUAUUGUCAGUGAUUACAAUUCGGAUCACAAUAACGAAUUCAAUGACAACAACGUUGACGACGCCGAUGAUCGUGAUGAUGACGCCGCUGAUGAAAAUGUAUACAGUGAUCACUUUCAUAUUGGUUGGAAUGACUCAAUUCAAUCGAAAAUUUGGUUACCUAAAGUAGCUAUGAAUUCGAAUCGUUUAAAACUUGAUGAAGUUAUGUCUACUGACUGGAAUUUAUUAACAACUAAAAAUUGGAAAUCAGAACAAGAGAUAAAAAAGAAGAUGAAUCGUCACAUUAAUAAUAAUAAUAAUAGUAAUAAUACAAAUAAUAUUAAAAAUAAAGGUGUAUCUUGGUUUCGUGAACGAUCUUCAAAUAUUAAACCGUUAAAUUAUAUAACUAGACGACAAUCUGAUAGACAAAAUGAAAUGAAACAGUCAAAGGGAAUAAAAAUCAACUCGCUAAUGAAUCAUACUUCAAUCCGUCAUAAUCAGCAUUCAUCAGCAUCAAAUCAUAAAUCGCAAUAUGAUCCAGUAUCGGAACCAGUUGACAUUUUCAGUUUACCAACAGUUAAAGUAAAAUAUCCCAAUGAUGAUAGUCUAACAACAUCCAUGACCAAUUCAAAUUAUAAUAAUAAAUUAACAAAUAAAUAUCAAGUGAAUAAAUCAUCCUUACAAUUUGCUUAUAUUACUACAACAGAUGAUGAAGCCAACAAAAGGACGAAAGUUAAAACACGUCAAAUUAAUAAUGAUUCUAAUCGAAAUACUACUAUUAAUAGUCAUAGUAAUAAUAAUAACAAUAGGAAUAAUAAUAAUAAUGAUAGGAAGAAAGAUACUUAUCCAGUCUCAACAGACAGUGAUACAUCAGUCCUUGGUUAUGUCGACUUGACAACGGCUACAACAACAACAACAACAACAACAGCGACAACCACAGUUAAUAAUAAGGUACUAUCAAAAGAAUAUGGAAAUGUUAAUAAAACGGAUAAACCACCAACUGUCACUUUAUCAACAAGGGGGUCUAGUCAAAAUCUACCAAAUCAUACAGCAACACUUUUAGAUGGUCCAUUAUCAGCACGUCAACGUCAUCAUCAAUCCCAACAACACCACCAACAACAACAACCACAACCGCCGCCAUUACCACAGAAGCAACAACAGACUCGUGUACCUGAUGGUGACGAUGAUGCUAAUGCUGUUGCUGUUCAAGCUAAGAGUUCAGAUCAUGAAAAUAAACCAAGUGAACUAAUAACACCUAGUAGAACUGUACACAACUUGACAUCAGGAAAUCAAAAUGAAAAAUCUAGAGAAAAAUCGAUUCUAAUUGAACAACAAAAAAUUAAUCAAUUGGAAUUUAGAAAAAUGUCCACGUUACCAGAUAAUGAUUAUGAUAACGAUGAUCGUGAUAUAGACGGUUUAAAGUCUAAUGGAAAAAUGACCAUACCAAUGACUCCGCAUACUGCGUUAAAUAUUUACGGAAAGAAGUUGACAUCCUUUGAAAGGGAUGAAAUAUUAAAUUUUUCAAAAAUUUGGUAUCUUGGUUUAUCUGCUCAAAAAAUUGAAGGUAUUGUUGGAUCACCAAGUAAUCAUGGAUAUGAUGAUGAAACUGGUGGAUAUUUAAAAAUAACCCAUGAUCAUAUAGCUUAUCGAUUUCAAGCGUUAGAGACCCUGGGGAAAGGUUCUUUUGGUCGUGUAAUACGCGCCAUUGAUCACAAAUCUGGAUUUCCUGUGGCUAUAAAAAUUAUACGAAAUAGGAAAAGAUUUCAUCAGCAAGCUCAAGUUGAAGUAGCCAUAUUGGAGAAUCUGAGAAAAGCUGACCAUAGGAAUAUACACAAUAUUAUACAUAUUAGAGAGCAUUUCAUUUUUCGUAAUCAUUUAUGCAUUGUAUUCGAUUUAUUAGGUUCAAAUUUAUAUGACCUUUUGAGAAAAAAUGAUUUUCGUGGUUUUACAAUACAUUCGUUGAAAAAAAUCACAGUGAAAUUGCUCACCUGUUUGUGUUUAUUACGUAAACAAGGCAUUAUUCAUUGUGAUUUGAAACCAGAAAAUAUUCUUAUUGGUUUGAAUAAUCCCUCUGAAUUGAAAGUUAUUGAUUUCGGUUCAAGUUGUUUCUUACACCAGAAAACUUACACAUAUAUUCAGUCACGUUUCUACAGAGCACCAGAGAUUAUUUUAGGCAUCCCUUAUGAUUUACCAAUUGAUAUGUGGAGUUUAGGCUGUAUUCUACCUGAAUUGUAUACAGGUCGUCCAUUGUUUCCUGGAGAAAAUGAGAAUGAACAGUUAGCCUGUAUAAUGGAAGUACUUGGCGUACCUCCAGAAUCACUUCUUGAAAAGGCUAGUAGACGAAGAGUAUUUUUUGAUUCGAAACGUUCUCCAAAACACUUGAUCAACAGUCGAGGACGUAGACGUAUUCCUGGUAGUCAAACACUUGAAGAUCUAGUCAAAACAGUAGAUUCAAAAUUUUUAAAUCUACUAAGUCAAUGUUUAACAUGGGAUCCUGAAGAAAGAAUUACACCGAAUGAAGCGAUGACACAUGAAUGGAUUUCACGUGAAAAUGAACAAAAUAAACAGGCAACCACAUUUCAGUCAUUAGAGCAGAGUAACUCGGAGACAAUACAAAAGGAUACUAUUGGUUAAUUAUGAAAUUUGUAUUUUCAACCCAUCUCCCACCCCCCACCCCUAAAAAAAAGGAAUACCCAAAAGAAACACAAGCAACACUUUUGUCUUCCGCAAUGAAUAUCUAUCAUUCCAUGCAGUCAGUGAAGGAAACUUCAAGCAAACUGUGAUAUAUAUACAUACAUACAUACGUAUUCACUCACACACACACACAUUUAUUUAUUUUCAGCAGAAUAGAAGGCAACACCAACGAAGUGAAAACCUCUUUGAUGAACAUUGUAAACAACAAUACUGUGUAUUAAUUUGAGAUAAGAUUUAGCAAAACUUCACACACACACACACACGCAGACACACACACAUCUACACACUUACAUACACACAUACAUACAUAUAUAUACACAAAUAUAUGUAUAUUCCAG